GUCUACUGACUGGCGAGGAGCGCACGUUGGUACCGUUGCUCUUCCGUGUUGUUUCAGUUUGAGAAUGCGUUGAACUAAGUUUUGUGGCAAGUGCGACGUCGCUUCACGGCAUUUUCCAUAACCAUGACUUGCUGCGCCUUCGGAUGCCCAAAUACUUGCAGCAAAGGCAAGAGACUCUUCUCGAUACCGUCUGGUAAGCGAGACGGGUUAAGAAGAAAGGCAUGGAUUCAUCGAAUCGGCAGGAAGAACUUCAUACCAACACCCUCCACACGACUAUGCGAGGUCUUUACGUUGUUACGAGACCAUGAGCGGCGGUGUGUGAGCGGCACUUGUGCAUUGCCAAAUUUGUCCUUCGGCAAGAAAAACAUGAACAAGAAGAGUGGCAAGACCAGGCACGACUCCGCUGGGCAGCUGAUGCGUAGUCACCUCAAUGCAAUCGCCCCACCUUCUCAGUUCUUGGCUGUGAUGCGCCCCUUCCGACAUCCAUGGAGUAUAGGCCUCCUGGAGUCAUCCGGGAAAGCCAACUAUGAAUAGGUGGGCAUCAUCGUUGCUCCAAGCGACAACGACACGAGCGGCUGUCUCAAUCUUAUUAUGCAAAUGACACAAAGAACGGUGUUUAAAUGGGAUGCAUCUGAGAAAAAAUGAAUACGGCAGUCAUGUGCCCCUCCCUUCGAGGAGACCAUGUGCUGAAGAAUGACGUACGAGCAAUCAUUGUGCAGCAACUAGAAAUAUAAGCCCAGCUGAUGGCUUUCGCAAGAGAAAUCGGAUGCGAUAUGCGCACGCAG